CCGCUAGCGAGGCAGCUUAGCAGGACGACAGGCCAUGUUUGUUUCACACAGCUAAAAAUGGGCUAGGACUAUAGCAUGAUAAGCACCGCUUAUAGCAACGCGGUGCUCGUGUCAAUUAAUUCGGAUGAUUUCAAGAUUAGCACAUAGCCACAAAAGACGUUGAGCACAUACUUAUUUUGUUUUUAAUUCGACGCCACAAAACAAAAACGCGUUAUGUAAGAAGGGGGGCGCCUUCCCGGGCUUUCGCGAAUAGCGUACAUCUGAGAUUAGCCCUUAACUCGAGCAGUUUGCCUUAUGUCAUGAUAAUCUUGCGUUUUUAGAGCUAUGGCAGCAGAGCUUCGCAGCGAGCAAUCAAACUAACCUAUUAUUAUGACCUGGUUUAUUUGCGUUUCCUCACGUUGCGUAUUGUAUCUGCGUGAGGGGCGGAAGCUAGUCGCGGCGGCCAUUUUACAGCUAGUUAGCUGUUCCAACCUCCGGCGGACAAGAUGCCCACCGUUAAACUCGUUGUAUUUUCUUGUAGCUGUAGUCUCUACGUGACUGUACGGCACUAAAAAGUCAGGCAGGACUGCUCCUGACUCAAUAACUGAGUGAGCCUGCGGCAGGCAACCCUUCAAGUUUCUUUGCAAGAAAGCGGUGCUCGUAGAGCAACGCUAAGUUUUACUUAACCGGGAAGACGGAAGUCGUCAGGCUGGAGUGCGUCCUGAUGGCCGAGUCAGAGACUGACUGUGACACACCAGGUCUCGAUACAUUGGGAUCUGAGUGUGUCAUAGCCCAUACUCAAGUUGGUGACUUGCAUUAUGGAGCGGAGACUGAGAUUAUGACUCAAGAGGACAAAAGGCUUGACCUGGAGGCCAUUCAUGGUGAUUUAGGGGCAGUGACCUGCGUGGAUGUGGUAACAGAGACGGACCAUGACUAUAUUAAAUCUGAAAUACACCACGAUCAUCAUCAGUAUUUCAGCAGUGCAGAAAUAAAAGGCAAUGAGCAUUUGCUCGGUGAGGUGCUGUUAAAGACAGAGAUGGGUGGUGGAGAACAUAUUGUAAAGGUGGAGUCUGACCAUGGAGGUGAGCUUACGGUGGAGUCAGAGAAUGGCGUUAUCAUCCACGAAGCCCAUGGCCUGCAAUGCAGUGAGUGUGGUGAGAUUUUUGACUGUAUGUCUGAUCUGCACGAACACUUUGAAAUCCACAAAGCCACUCACCCCUACAUUUGCGUCCACUGUGGUGAGAGCUUUGCUAUUGAAGCCAGCCUAAGAAGUCACAUGAGGAUUCACAUGAAAGAGAAAAGUUACACCACUGGUCUUGAGAUGGUUGGUAAAGGAGUCAUUGAUGCAUUCAACUUGAAACCGCACCAGAUGAUGCACUCUCCUGAAAAGCCGCACAGAUGUUCGGAGUGUGGUAAAAGCUUCGCUGCCGCCAUCACUCUCCGGGAGCACAUGAAAAUGCAUUCAGAUGACAAACCCUACAAAUGCACCCAAUGCCGAAAAAGCUUUGUGCGCAGACGCCAUCUCAAAAAACAUCAGGAGCUGCAUGCCCACGACAAGCCAUUUACAUGUCUUCAGUGCGGGAAAGGCUUUACGACGGCUUCCAAUCUUAAACAGCACCAGAAGACUCAUGCUGGUGAAAAGCCGCACAGAUGCACCCAGUGUGGAAAGUGUUUUGCCGCCGCGGCCACGUUGAGGGAGCAUCAGAGAAUCCACUCAGGAGAGAAGCCCUACAAGUGCACCCAGUGUCGAAAGAGCUUUGUCAGGAAACGUCACCUCAAGAAGCAUCAGCUGGUCCAUCAGGGUGGAAAGCCCUACCGGUGUUCUCAGUGCGACAAGGGUUUCAACCAUUCCUCUUCAUUGUCACGGCACCACAAGGUCCACUUGGAGGCCAAAAUGUAUGCCCAGGGCGAUAAGGAUUUCCCCUUUGAUACUUCGAUGAAGAGGGGAAUGCAUGCAGGUGAAAAGCCAUACAGCUGCAACCAUUGUGAGAAGAGCUUCAAUCACUCAUCAUCACUAUCCAGGCAUCAGAGAACUCAUUCUGAUGGAAAGUCCUACACCUGUGCUCAAUGUGGGAAGAGGUUCAAUCAUCCCUCAUCUCUCGCAAGGCACCAGCGGGUUCAUUUGGAGGAUAAGUCGACUUACAGUGCUAUUGCUACAGGAAAGGGAUUCCCCCACACUACCAUCUUGAAACAGAGAAUUCUUCAGAGUGAGAAACCAUAUAGGUGCGCUCAGUGUGGAAAGGGUUUCAAUCAUUCAUCCUCUCUGUCUAGGCAUCACAGAAUUCACAUUGACCAAUAAUCUUGUUUCCCUUUCCACCACAAGUGGUGUGCUACCAUUCAUCCAAUGAUUCAGGCCAGCUUGUAAUGUUAAAGGGUUUGGCUAAAGAUGCAAGAAAAUCCAGAAAGUCAGUGUGGGCCUGCUCUAAGGGAACUUGUUCUAAAAUCAAGUCCUUUGACUUUUUAAAGAGGAAUAAAUUAGAAUUUGGUAUGAUUGACACUGAAAUCCCCUGUGUAAUGUGCACAUGACUAGAUACAUAUGUAAUUCUGGAACUUGGUGUUUGAUUAAAACCAUAGACAAAACAUA